AUUUUUUUCUUUUUUUACCUUUAUCUCAGAAAUGACUAAUCAGUUUGUAAAGGAAUUCAAACCAGCAGAAAAAGAAGGGGUUAUUCAACUUAAACAAGAUUUACCCGCUAUAUUAAAAGAAGCUUUUGGUUCGGAAGAUACUUAUACAUUAUGGGGUGUUACUUUGGAUAAAGAAUCUACCGAUGAACGUUUGGAUGUUAUCUUAGUCAAGUUUAUACGUGCCUGUUCACUCUCUUUUCCUGAAGCACGCAAGAUGCUUGUUAAUACUUUAAAGUGGCGUAAGGAAUUCAAAGCCGAUGAAUUAUUAACUGAAACCUUUGAUCAAGAUUUGUAUGGUUCUAUUGGUUAUUUACAUGGCAAAGAUAAGAAAGGUCGUCCUGUUUGUUACAAUUUUUAUGGUGAUAUUGAUCAAGAAACUGUCUUUAAAGAUGUUCAAACAUUCAUACGCUGGCGAUUGCAACUUAUGGAAAAGUCUGUUCAAUUGGUCGAUUUUAUUAAUGUGGAUGCUACUAUUCAAGUCCAUGAUUAUCGUGGUGCAUCCAUGUUUGGUCGUACAGCUAAUGCCAAAGCUGCUACUAAAGAACUUAUCAAACUUUUACAAGACAAUUAUCCAGAAUUCUUGGCUAUCAAAUUCUUUGUGAAUGUACCUUGGUGGGGAAGCAAGAUCUUCAAUUUGAUUAAACCCUUGUUACCUGAAGCUACCAUCAAGAAAUUUGUUGUAUGCUCAAACUCUGAAAUGAUGACCUCAUUGACGAAGAUAAUUGAUCAGGACCAACUACCAAAGGUAUACACGGGCGAUACCGAAUUCAAACAAGGAAGUGUCACUGCUGCCAUUCAUGCAGCUCGACAACAAGAAGCAAAGACUGAUGAAACAUUGGAAACGACAACAGCCGCAUCUGCGACCUGAUAAUACCGUUAUUUACUGGACAACAACUGGAUUCUUUUUUUUCUUUUUUAGUUUCGACUCUCCCCACUCUUCUUUUCUUAUUCUUUAUUAUUACUACUACUAUUAUUACAUAUAUCUACAACUUACUUUUUAUCUUUUUCUUUCUUAUUUUUUAUUAUUAUUAGGACUAUUUACAUUACAUAUUAAUCAAAUAAAUAAAAACAUUUCUUUACACAAUUA